AUGGCUUCGGACGAGUAUGCUGAGCUCUUUGCGGAAGAUCCAGAGGCAUUCUUACAGGUUCCAUUGCCGCCGAACUUGCCUCGGCUAUUAGAUGAUGCUGAACGUGCGCGAAAGGCAGAUGUGAAGACAGAGCUCAAAGACUUCUGUCCUGUGGCCUUGGUCGAAACUGGAGAGCUUGUGAAGGCAGCCAUGAAGUUCAUGCGUCAGCCGAUGCGCUACCGAACCGCCAAGCUUCCGCCCAAGCUGCCACCGGAGGCGUGUGUUUUGGGUCAUUCCUUUUGGUUGGAGAACACAAGAUUCCGGGAGGUUUUUGUUUUAACAUCGCAUGCCAGAUGGGCAUGCCUCCCAGCCGAUGGGAAGAUAUGA